UAUCUUUUUAUUUUUUAAUUUCCGUCUCGGCUACGAGUUUUGAGGUGUGAUGAUAAAAAUAAAGCUUUUGUGCUUUAAUGGAAGGAACUUAACACCUCUCUCUUUUACAGCUCCUUGAUUAUUCUCCUUCUCUGUUAAUAUCUGAAUCUAAUCGAUCUUCUUCUUCGUGAGCUCUAUUUUCCGGCAGCGAUUCGUUUUGCCUUUCAGGUUAAAUUUCUACGGCGGAUCGUAGUUUCUGUUAGCGCUCUUCUCGCGUGCAUGAAUAAUCUCUAGUAGAAGGUGAAAUCUGAGAAUAGGUUGAAGAAGAAGAAGAAGAAGAACGUAUCUGAGUCUGUUGAAGAAACCGUAAGUUUUCAAAAUGUCACCGGAAGAGGAGCUGCAGAGCAAUGUCUCUGUGGCAAGUUCUACCAGGAACAUUGUAGGAGUACUCAAGGAGCAUAACUACUUGGGUCUCUCUGAUUGUUCCUCUGUUGGGAGCUCAAAUCUCUCCGGCCUUGCAGAUGAUGACAAAGCCACUAUCAGCCUCAAGGCCACUGAGCUCACACUUGGCCUUCCUGGAUCACAGUCUCCUGCUAGAGACACUGAGCUCAACUCACUUGGUCCAGCUAAGCUCGAUGAGAAACUUUUCUUUCCUUUGCUUCCUUCCAAAGAUGAGAUUUGUCCCUCCUCUCAGAAGAACAUUGCCUCAGGGAAUAAAAGAGGCUUCGCUGACACUAUGGAUAAAGUUCCUGUUUAUACUGAGAAAAACUGGAUGUUUCCUGAAGCGGUGGUAGCCACCCAAUCUGUUAUAAAGAAGGAAGUGGCACAGAACAUACCUAAAGGAAAGCUGAGCACUACAAACAACAGCUCUAGCCCACCUGCAGCCAAGGCACAGAUUGUUGGUUGGCCUCCAGUGAGAUCAUACAGGAAGAACACAUUGGCCACCACUUGUAAGAACAGUGAUGAAGUUGAUGGGAAGCCAGGUUCUGGGCCUCUCUUUGUGAAGGUCAGCAUGGAUGGUGCUCCAUAUCUGAGGAAAGUUGACCUGAGGAGCUACACUAACUACGGGGAGCUUUCUGCAGCCUUGGAGAAAAUGUUCACCACUUUCACUCUUGGUCAAUGUGGAACUAGCGGAGCUACAGGGAAAGAUGUGCGUAAUGAGACCAAACUCAAGGAUCUUCUGAAUGGAAAAGACUAUGUACUCACUUACGAGGACAAGGAUGGGGACUGGAUGCUUGUUGGCGACUUUUCAUGGGAGAUAUUUAUUGGUGUCUGCAAGAAGCUCAAGAUAAUGAAAGGCUGUGAUGCCAUUGGGUUAGCUGCAGCUCCAGCACCUAGAGCAAUGGAGAAAUCGAAGAUGAGAGCUUAAAGACUUGUUGGAAAAUGAUUCAGAAGCUUUCUAAUUAUACUAAAAUAUGUGCGGUUCCCUUUUGGUGGUGUUUUAAAUCAAAGCUUUCUACAUCUUUAGCUUCUGAGAUAAUUAUUAUUAAGGAAAAAAAAAAGACUUACGUUUGUAAGGAAAUGAAGAAGAAUUCAAAUGAUCUAUUAUUUUGUUGUU